AUGGUCAAGCUGCCUCCUUUGGAGCGCUAUGUCGCCAUAGCUGACGACAGACUGCGAGAUGGUGCUGACGACGAAACACCAGCUGGCGCGUGCCAGGUCCUGUACCACUCCUACGUCUUCGUGCAUCCCCAUAACGUGAGGGACUACCAGACCAAGUGUGAGCUAUCAUUCUACCCGUCUCCCCAGCUGACACACAGACAGCGGGAUCCGGGCAAAGGACCUGGAAGGAGCCCCGACGUUCGAGCAGGUCUUCGCGACUGUCAUCCCGCUGCUGAAGGACAAGAUCCUGGUCGGGCACGCGCUCUUCAACGACCUCCAGGCGCUGGGGCACAGGCACACGACGGCGUGUUCCCGCCCCUGAAGGCGCUCGCGAAGGAGGUACUUGGUAGCGAGAUCCAGGAGGGAGAGCAUGAUCCGGUGCAAGAUGCUCGCGCGACGAUGGCCGUCUUCCUCGCUGUGCGCGAGGAGUACGAGGCUAUGCUCGCUCAAGGGGGAGACAUUGCGCCGAUUCCUGAGUGGUACUGGUAA